CGGGAAGGACGGAAGCGACCGGUGUGCAUGAAGCCUCACCAGCGCUGUUACUAGUUUGCGUGGGUCCACGCUCUGGAGGCACCUGGCCCUGUCGGCCCCCCGGGGUUUGCAGCCUGCGAAACAGGGCUCAGCCCUCUAACUGCGAUUAACACGAAAGUGGCAAAAUUAAAGACCUGCCAUGAUGAUGAAGAGCAAGCCUGAAUUUGUCAUUUUCACCUAAAGAAAAAUGAUAGGCAAAAACCAAACCUGUGGUACAGGACAGGAUUCCAUGCCCUAUAUGACUUGUCUUGUCCACAUACUUGAAGGAUGGUUUGGUGUGGAGCAAUUGGAGGACUAUUUGAAUUUUGCAAACUAUCUCCUGUGGGUUUUUACACCACUAAUACUCUUAAUACUUCCUUACUUUACUAUUUUUCUUCUCUACCUUACUAUUAUUUUCUUACACAUUUAUAAGAGGAAGAAUGUAUUGAGAGAAGCUUAUUCUCAUAAUUUAUGGGAUGGUGCGAGGAAGACAGUGGCAACGCUGUGGGAUGGACAUGCAGCUGUCUGGCACGGUUAUGAAGUUCAUGGAAUGGAAAAAAUACCGGAAGAAGGACCAGCACUGAUAAUUUUUUAUCAUGGAGCUAUUCCUAUAGAUUUUUACUACUUCAUGGCUAAGAUUUUUAUCCAUAAAGGCAGAACUUGCCGCGUAGUAGCUGAUCACUUUGUCUUUAAAAUUCCAGGAUUUAGUUUGUUACUUGAUGUAUUUUGUGCUCUACAUGGACCAAGAGAAAAGUGUGUUGAAAUUCUGAGGAGUGGUCACUUGCUAGCUAUUUCACCAGGUGGAGUUCGAGAAGCCCUACUUAGCGACGAGACCUACAACAUUGUAUGGGGUAAUCGUAAAGGCUUCGCUCAGGUCGCAAUUGAUGCAAAAGUGCCCAUUAUUCCUAUGUUUACACAAAAUAUUCGAGAAGGAUUUAGAUCACUUGGAGGAACAAGGUUAUUUCGGUGGCUUUAUGAAAAGUUCCGCUAUCCAUUUGCUCCAAUGUAUGGAGGUUUUCCAGUGAAGUUACGCACCUAUCUAGGUGAUCCCAUUCCGUACGAUCCAAAGAUAACAGCAGAAGAAUUAGCUGAAAAGACGAAGGAUGCUGUUCAAGCUUUGAUUGAUAAGCACCAAAGAAUACCUGGAAACAUUAUGAGUGCUUUGUUAGAACGUUUCCAUAAAAAACAAAAGAUCAACUAAACGACCCUUUAAUACCUUUAUAUUGAUAUGUUUGUGUCCACAGGCCUAUCUCCUAAAUUUUGUAGGUUCUAUGAUUGUUUUUUUUUUUUUUUAAAUCAGGUGAAUGAGCAUCUUUUGCUGAACUUACUUAAAAUUCUAUUGUCAGUUUUGUUUCUGCAAUCAAUUGUGUCAGAUUUAAACAGUAAUUCAUGCCUAAUGAUUCAGAAAAUGAUCAUGUUUCUUGUGAUAAUUUCCUAAUAAUGUAUCAUAAAUGUAGAUUCUUAAAGUUUUUAUGAACAAACAUUCCUAAAUAAGGCAUCUAUUUCCGUAUCUCUGGCACUGAGCUAGUUUUGCAAGAUGGGGUAACCUAGGGUUUAGUACCGUCGCUUGAGUUAGGAAAAAAAAUGCCCUAUCCUGCCCCUCAUUCCUUUCAUGACCUUGAAGCAAGUAACGCAACGUUUUUUGGUGCCUCAACAGUGCACUUUUUAAAAACAUGUUAAUACUUUGGUGAGGAAUAUUGUUUAAAAUUUUUUAUACUUGCUGUGAUUGAUAACUGUAGAACCAAAAUGAUAACUGAAUUAAACAAUCCCAAGAUAUUUUAGAAAUUUAUGUACAUAUUUUGUCCAUAAGAUGUUAAAUGAUUCCUUCAGGUAUGAUGUCAAGUUGCCAAGCACAAUGAAAAAGAUGUACUGCUUGUUCAAAUAGAAUGAAAAAGAUCUGAGGAAAAGUAAAAUUUCUCGUUUUUCUCCUUAUAUUUUUAAUGGGAAUCGGUAGACACACUGUCUAGGGUAUGCUGUGCAUUGUCGGCCCUAUAAUAUGGCCUUUAAUAGUGUAAGGUUCGAGUUCACUUGCUCUGCAUUUCCUGUGUUAGAAGCUGAUUCCAGGCUGAUGAAAACAGAGGAAGCUCUGCUUUUGCUCAACAUCAUGACUUAUCCAGUUUGACUUUGCCACUUGUCAGAUAGUUUAUUGUUUCAAUGAAAAUAUACUUGAAUGAUGAAUUUAUGUGAACAUAAGACUUCUUGAAAAAUUAAUGGCUUUCAACUUGUUGUCUCUUUGCAAUCUGAAUUUUAAAAGUAUUUAAACAGAGUAGUACCAGAAAUCAAAUGCAGUAUUCCCUCUCCCUUUUUAAGAGAUUAAAUUACUUGGAUUUUUGUAUAGACUUUUGUAUAACAAUAUGUAUGGAUGAUUUGUGUAAUGUAUAUAAAGUUAAGCAACAUGAAAAUAAAAGUAAAACUGAAUUGCAGUUCA